GCGCUGAAUGAGAGUGUAUUUCUUCUGCAGAGACGUUUAGUGACUGAAAUGUGUGAAGCAGCAGACAGAGCAGAUGUGUCCGAGAAACCUCCAAACUGGAUCCUGCAGCAUCCAGCGUUUCAGCAGAUGAAGAGUCUGGAGGUUGGGGACAGUGCUCAAGUGCAUACAGCUUUCCUUGUGUAUAUGGAUCUGACUGAAGUGCGACGGUGGAAAGAGGUAUCUUGUGUCAAGAGUACUGAACUUGAGGCUGUUUUGCUGGAGGCGAGGGAGAAGGAAGGAUCGCCCAUCCACACAGUUCUCCCACUGCCUGUUCACCAAUCUCUGAGCCACAGAAGUAUACGACAUGUGCUGGACAGAGGGUUUCCUAUGCUGUUGUGUGCGGUGGCAUCAGACUCCACUCUGGUCUACCAGAGGAUGACUGAUGGGUUGGUGACACCAGAGCCACCUGCGGGCCCCUUCCAAGAUGCGGGACGGCGGCAGCGCAGGAAGAGACGGACCCAGCCCUGAGUGUCCUGUAGAAGGAGGAACCUCGAUGUAGUCGUUGAACUAUAGCAGACAAGAAGAGUCUUUCAGUCUGUGUAAGCUGCUGCCAAAAUAAGAGGUGUGCCGAUGACAUGGCAGCUGGGGAAAAUGGAUGUAUCCUCAGUGCCCUUCAUGGAUGCUGUAUGUGGUUAUGAGGCCUGCCCUCCCUCUCAGUAAGAAACCACAGGCUACUUCCAAACAGUGAGGUGUAGAUACAUGGGUUUAAACCUUUCAGGCUUGUGACCACUUAAAAUGGAGCAACCUGUGACCCAUAUUCACUGGAUGCAUUUGUCUCUGGUUACCAGGUCAAACAAAGUUAUUUAUGUAAGAACAUUUUUACAUGAUGUGAAGAGGUACCAUGAUGCAAUAAUUCAUAAGAAAGUUAGGGAAACUUUAGUGUAGUUCAUUUUCAGAGAAACCGUUUGGUAACUUUGACAGAACUCUUGCAUGUUCUCCAUAAAUCCUUUUGUUUGGGAGAUUUGUUCUAUAUCCACAGUAUAGAGUUGACUAGUUCGAUAUAAUCAGGGAUUUGCUCACACCACCUUACACCAUAUGUGGUCACAUGCCUCCUCACUAACCUUCAAAUUAGUUGGCUCCCAGUACAAAACAUUUUGGUUACAUUAUAAGUAAAGCCUCUACGGUACUGGAUGUUUUAGGUUUCUACAAAUAUUGAUAAUUGAUGGUUAAAAGAUGUUUUUAACUAUCAUAAACAUAUAACAAACAUUUUAAUGUAAAUGACUCCAAUAUACAUAAAUGACAGAGUUUUUGGCCAAAUAAAGGUACGAUUUGUGUUCUUAA